AUGAGUGGCAGUAAUCAGGUAUCCUCAGCUGACGGAUUGUCCUCAGUAUCUAGUAAUAAAGGGUCCCAACUCGGUGAUAGCAUACAUGACAUAGACCAUGACAUGGCUGAUGAUAUAGUCUAUGAUAUAAACCAUGAUACGGGUAAUACAGCGCUUGAGAAUAUUCAGUUCGAGAUUAUCUAUGCACCCACACCCUCGCCUGAGAAUGAAAGUACGUCCUCACACUCGUCUAUGCGAUCACGUCCGAACGCCACAACCCUAUCCAGCCCUAAAGUCGCUGGCAAGUAUAAUCACGAUGAUGCUCUGAGCGGUACGCCGCCGGGACAUCGAGGUAAACAGAUGGAAAGUACAGCCACAGUUUUGGCAAAUAUGGGAGAGAUCAGCGAUCCAGAUUUAGUUUCAAUAACAGAGCAUACGGAAACACAUAGGACCUCAUCGGGGCCAAACACAUAUACACAAGAGGGCUAUAUAGCGGCCGCGAUAUAUUAUACGUUUUUCUUGGCGAUUGCUAUUAUUUUUAUAUGGUUGAGCAACGAUAGGGCUAAAACCUUUGAAGACGUUAUUAUUAAUGAAGACUACUUAUACAAACUGGUGUGCCUGGCCAAUGGAACGGUCCUUGCAUCGAUGAUUCUUCUGAGCUGCUUUCUCUAUCGCUAUCGAGAAGAGCCGGAG